GCAACCAACGGCGCGCGUCUGGCUUUGCUCAGGGCCGGCAUCGGCGGCGGCGGCGGCGGGAGCCCCGAGCUGAGGAAGGGGCGCCAUGAACGCCUUGGGCGACCGCGGCCAUGGCGGAGCCGACUCCACCGCUUCGAUACUGGCCGAGCUCGACUGGGACGACGGCUUCGCCAUCCCCGUGGCCAACGCGGAAAACAAGGCUCUGGAGGACGAGCUGCAAAAAUUGCAAAAAGAAAAGGCAAACUUACAAAAUCAGUUGACUGACUUUGAAGACCGUAUUGCUGCAAUGACAUCACAUUUGAAGAACGUCAGGCAGGAGUUUAAUUUGACACAGUCUCUUUUCAGAGCCAGGCAGAAUGAAAUUGAAACCGAGCAGCAUUUUAAAUCCCUCGCAGAGAGAGAAGUGGGGCGACUGAAAAGCGAGAUUCAAAGACUGGAGAAUGAAAUGGUUUCAUUACGAGAGAAGAAAAAUAGUCAAGAAAACAAUAUUUUCAAAGUGACUCAGAAGCUGGAAGCCUUAAGAUGCCAAAUGAACUGGGACCAACAAGCUUUGGAGGCUUGGUUAGAAGAGUCUGCACGCAAAGACAAUGAUGCAGUUGCAAUCCAGAAGUAUGCACAGCAAGAUGAUGGCAAAUUGCAAAUGUUAACUCUACAGAUCGAAAUGCUGACUGUACAAUGUAAUAACAGACGCAGAAUUCUUGACAAUGAGCUUACGGAAACCUUGGCUGCUCAGAUAGAGCUGGAUAAAACAGCUGAAGAUUUCCGCAGGGUUCAUCAUGAAAGGCAAGAACUUAUCAGGCAGUGGGAGAGCACCAUAGAACAAAUGCAGAAAAGAGAUCAAGAAAUAGAUAAGUGUGCCUUGCUUUUAGCACAGGCAAGGCGGGCAAUCCGUGCAAAGGAAAGUUUGCUUAAAGACAAGGUACAGUUUUUGGCAAAUGAGAGCGGUAAUAACAUGGAGUACGAGAAGAGAAUCGCCGUGGCUGAUCGGCUAGCUACCAAACUGAGGCUAGAUUACCAAAAAGAGGAGGCCAAUCGAAAUCAGUUCCAGGAUGAGCUGGAUACCUUGAAAGCUACUGUGGAUGGAACUGCUUCUGAGUUAGAAGCGAUGAGGAUCAAUGUAGCUAACCUUAAAAAGGAAAUCCAGGAGAAAACUUUAAGGCUAAACGUGAUAAAGGACCAGAAUGACAGUCUUGCGAGUAAACUGAAAUAUGUGACAAACCAAGCACUGACUUUAGAAGAAAAAGCAGCCAGAAUGGAAGAGCUCCUGAAAGAGAAAGAGAAAAGUGUCAAGGAGAGAGAGGCACUGGAACAACAUCUGCGAGACAAACAGUUCAAAAGAAUUAAGGAGCUGCAGAAACUUAAAGACAAGGAGAAGUGUUGCUCAGCUGAAAUAGAUGGACGCAAAGGACAGCUGAAAAACCUACACAGUCGCUUAUGCCGGGUGGAUGCUGAGACACUCAAACAACAAGAACUCAUGUAUAAGCAGGAUUUUUACAUACAGCAAGUUGAGAGAAGGCUGUCACGCUUGCAUGGGGAGCUUAACACAGAUGAGAAGCAAGUUUUAGAAGCAAAAGUUGCUGAACUUUCGAAGAUAGCAGAAGAAAAGAAACAAGCAUACAAUACUCUACAAGCACAGCAGAAGAAACUCCAGAAUGACAUCCAUUUUAUCAAGUUGGCUAUGACUAAGACUGGAGAAGAAAUGGCUGGCUUGACAACCAGAGUAGAUGAGCUAAAUCUUUUCACUGAAAAAUCAGAGAAGCUAUUAAAAAAAGCCAGAGCAGAUAAGCAGGAUAUGUUGAUUGAAGAUAACCUCCUGAAACUAGAGCUGAAACGUGUAAGAGAUACCCUGUACAACAAGGCAGAGCAAGUUCUUUCCCUGGAAAAACGGAAGCAGCAACUUCAAACAGCAAUGGAAGAAAGAACUGCGGAUAUCAAAGUUCAUAAGGCAAUGAUUGAGACACAAAUAAGGAUAAUAGAGCAGGAGCGUCAGACUUUGAGUUCUGAGUUUCAUGAGCGCCUGGGUAAAAUUGAGAAAUUGAAGAGCAGAUAUGAAAUCAUUACCGUUGUCAUGAUGCCCCCAGAAGGAGAAGAGGAGAAAACUCACACUUACUACGUCAUCAAGGCUGCCCAGGAAAAGGAAGAUCUCCAGCGUGAAGGAGACGAUUUGGAUGCAAAGAUCCAGCUAGCUGAGAAAGAAUGUAUUGCCCUUGAGAAUACUAUGCAUGUGCUUAAUAACUGCAACAGCAACUAUCGAGACACAUUCAAGGCAGUCACAGAGAAAAGUGAGGAGCACCAAGAGAAGCUGAAACUGGAAAACGAGAAAAGAGCUGCGGAUGAGAAAUACAGAUACAAGAGAAGACAGAUCAAGGAAAUCCAGGAAGAUAUACAGACCAUGCAGGGUAAUCUUGAUACUCUUUUGAAAGAGGAGGCUCUCUGCAGAGAAAAAAUACAAGAGAAAGAAGCACAAGCUUUGCAGUUAAAUAAAGACAUAGAUGACCAGAAGCCAAAACUAGAAAGAGCCACAAAACAGAUGGACCGAGUAACUAGAGAGAUCCGAGCAUUAAAGAGGACUCAAUCAGAAACACAAGAAGAACAAGAUAUUGAACUUCGUUCAUUGAAAGAGUUCAGCAGAUCAAUUGAUACAAUGUUGCACGAAGUUGCAGAAUCAGAUCCAGAUUUGAACACAAUACUUCAGAGAUACUUCGAACAGGCUUCCCUCCAGCUUCAGAUUUCUUCUCGGCUUAGCUUUCGGUCAUCUCCUCACAGCUCAUCCUCUUCAAAUAUGUCCCCCAAGAGUUCAGCUUCAUCUGCUGCUCGACUUAAAGUUGUAUCUCUGACUUUGAGUCCCAAUGCAGAAACUCUUUCACGUCCUUCUAGCCAAAGCAGCUUUUCUGGAACCUCUCGUAGCAAAAGCCCCAAUUAGCUUUCACUGUUAUACUGCAGGGAAUGUCUCAGAGCUUUUAAAAACAUAAAUGAUUUAAUGUUUAGGUAUUUAGAAAUACUAAUUUGCUAAACUGCAAGUUUCUUUGUGGAUAAGUAAUUUAAACAUUGUUUACUUUGGGUUAUAUCAAACAAGCUGAGUUACUGGAAAAUACAAUAAUUUUUUAAAAAAAAUCCUCAAUGAACAUGAAGUCAUUUAAUAAUUUCAGUAGCCUAAGAAGACUGGCUUUAAUGUUUCACAUUUCUUCUUUUUUUAAGAUUCUGUAGCUUUAACUAAAGGUAAUCUUUAGAAAACAAUAUCAAACUGUGCUCCCCUGCCCUACCCGUCUCAAUAAACUUCCUCUAUUCAUGA